GGAGGUUAAAUGCAUUUCCACGGAAAGCCUCCCGCCGGCCCCCCCCAACCCCAUUCAUGCGGGGGGACCCCAGCCUCCCGGUCAGGGCCCGCAGGGUCCGCCACUCUGGCGUGGUUGCUCCUGUAGCCUUAAGUAAAUAUAAAAAAAUUUCCACCAUUUCUUAGGUUCCUACAAAACCACAUCUUCUAUCUCCACCCACCCCCACAUCUAUUCUAAGGGCAAGGAAAAGAACAAAUCAAUGUAAUAAGUUUUAUUUCUGCUCAAAGUACUGAAGGCGCCUUGCAGGCAGAUUUUAAAUCCCUGUGCAGCCCCUCAGUGGGGGUGGGGUGGGUGGGGAGUUCACUCUUCCCAGCCUGUGAUCAGGCCGCCUCCCUCCUUUUCGCAUCAACCAUCAGGUACUCAGCUUCCAAUUAGGACGCUUAAUGGACCGCCAGUGUUCCCCUGGCCUCUUACCCUGAGCUAAUGGUGCCCUAUUAUUAAGAGUCCUCGUGCCUACCCGGGAAAUGCAGAAGGGAGCACUCCAUCCCUCAGAUUUGCCCAGGGACAGUCCCCUGAAUGCACUGUAACUGGAGGUUCCAGCUCUCCCUUUGGGGCCUAACAAAGCAAAUGUUUAAAGAAAUAAAGUCUUUCCACCUUUUAAUGUCAAUUGCACAGGAUACUGCUGAUGAUAUAAUUAGAACACAAUGAAAAGAGUUCAGAGAUUUUGCUUACAGGCCAUAAGGCCCUCUUGGGUUUGGGAAGAGGGGAGAAGACAGUGAAGUGUCCGUGGUUCAUCAGGAUGAGCCGUUGGGGCAGCCUGGCUUUGUGCGGUCCCCUGUGGUCCCAGUGUCUGGGUGUUCCUGGGGCGGGACCGUGCCGGCUGCUGGCUCCAGCGCUGGGAGAACAGAGAGUCUGGGAAUGCGGCGAGGCCGUCCCUUCAUCCCCGAACAUCUUCCUGGCAGCCCCAUCACUCCAUUUCUGCAUGCGCUCAUACAAGCUGCCACGCUGGCACCGGGGAAGCAGGAGGCCUCCUUUUAGCUCCAAGUCCACUCUCGUCCCUGAGCUGAAACCAGGCGGUGCUCCAUGCUGUGGGGCCUCCAUCUGGGAUCCUGUUUCAGUUUUUUUCUAAAUACCAGCAGCAUAAAUUGUCUGUAAUCACAGCUCUGCGGUGAAUCUGGAACUACUUAGGCAGCUGUAAUGCCCCUCGGCCUCCCUAGUUGGGGGCGCAGUGACCCAGGAGGAUGGCUACAGGGCCACCCCAGAGGUGCCCGCGGGGCUGUCGGGGUGCAGGCCAGAACCCGCCCUGUCCCGGCGCGUCCUCCCCUGGUGGCCCUGGGUGGAUCUGUUCUGGGGAGUUCAGGGAUCACUGUCUCCACUGGGGCCUUGACUCGGGUUUCUCUCUUGGAAUUAUUGUAAUUACUCUAAAAUGACAGUGUUGGCACCCGCAGCUCUUUGUGAAAUAGUUAACAAUGAGCACUGGCUUUUGGGGUAAACCAAGAUUUUCCAGGAGUUUGCCUUUGGCCAGCAAGCCAGCUCCUGCUAGAAAGAAUAUUAAACAGCACUUUGGAAAUUGAAGCCGCUGCAAGUCUUAUACAAUAUCUGAUGGAUUAAAAACCAAUUUCUUCCUUUCACAAACAUCUAUCGAGUGUCUGUCCCACCCAGGUCAGGCUCAGUUCUAGGUGCUGGGAAUACAAUGGCAUUUAAAACUGACACAGCCUCCGCCUCCCCCAAACUGUCUCCCUGCAGCUUAGGUCCUGAUACGGUGAAAGUGAUAUUAAUUCAUGUGUGGUAACAAGCAGGCAGUGUCUCUGAAGGAAAGGAACAAACCCCUAUGAAAGCACCUGACGCAGGGAUUGUGAGUUGGGCUCUGAAGGAUGAAGCCCAGCAACGGAGGACGGCAGGGGACGCCCCGCGGAGACAGCGGUCAGAGACGCUGGCGCGUCGGAGGAGGAAGGCAGGCCAACAGGCACCCCGGCCGUGUCAGAGAUUUGUGACUUAAUACACGUUCAUCCCUCAUUAACUGUGGCAUUUCCUCUGUAAAUUGACAGAGCUUUACACACUAGGCCUUGAUGGAGCAGGACGUGGAUUAACUUUGGAGAGCCGAGACUGCGUGGCUCACAGAGCGAGACCGUCCAGGGGGGAGGACAUGGCUGAGCAUGGCGUAGGCGGGGGUCCCUGUGCUGGGGGUGUGCCCUCAGCACUGGCCCUGAGAACCCUUUGUCGUGGGGCCACGGUGCAGACACGGAGCUGCUGCCUCUGUCCAAGCCAGGGUCGCCUCUUGCUCCCAUUGCGGGCACCCGCCCUGGCCCCCACGACCAGUUCCUCAGAUAGCUGUCAGAAUGGUCACUGAAAGGCAUGAGCCUUGUUCCGAGGCUGGGUGGCCAAUAGCUUCCCAUGGGCUGCGGUCCACAGCACAGAUAACAGGAAGCUCACUCCAGCCGGCGGGGUCGUCUGAUGGCCAACCCACAAACUUAGUGGCUGCUACAGACUGAGUACCUGUGUGUUCCCCAAAUUCACAUGCUGCGCCUAACACCCAGGUGAUGGUAUUAGGAAGUGGGGGGGCUUUGGGAGGUGAUGAGGUUGUUAGGGUGCAGCCCCCAUGAUGGGGUAAGUGCCCUGAUGACAGAGACCCCAUGGAGACCCCAGCCCUUCCUCCAGCUGAGGACACAGGAGAAGAUGCCGUCUGUGAACCAGGGAGCGGGUCUCAGACACUGUGAAGAGUAGUCAGCUUUCCUCCAAGUCUGCUGGUCUAAAUAUUAGUCUCAACUAAAAACACCUUCACAGAAAUACCUUGUAGACUGGCAUUUGAGCAAACACCUGGGUGCCGUGGCCCAGCCAGGCUGACGCAUUGCCACUGUCCUGUUCAGACGGGAAGAGCGACACGCAGCGGCCGCUCUGUGGGCAGCCCUGCAGGGCCAUCGGACACAAGCGGGCUCAGUUCCAGCUCCGGGAGUGAUUCUCAGAUGCUCCUGGCCCUGCCUUCUUGAUCCUCCAAGUCCUCCUCCCUUUUUCAUAAAAAGUGCCUGGUGCUUGCAGCUGAGUGAUUUUCUCAGCCUGCCUCCUGGUUUCUUUGAGCUGAUCUGGCUCAUUGACUCCAAGCUGGCAGAAUCUCUUCCUGUGCAAUUAUCUUAAAAAUGUUGUGGGCUUUCUAUGGAUCUGCUGGGAUUGAAGCCAUUAGACAGAGGUGUCGUCCACAAAUCCACUCAGUCCUUUCUCCACCUUGGACUCCCUGCAAAGGCUACUGUGAAAAGCAUCCUUAAAAUUCCUAGAAGCCUUGUGUUGUUUACCACAAGACCCUUCCAAGGCCUCUGCCUGGUGCCCCUCAGAUACCAGGAGGUCUUAAAAGAGAUCUGAUUGUGCUGCCUGGACUGAUCUUGGCUCUGAAGCCCCAUCUGAAUUCGACAGUCUUGGAGGCGCUGGGAAGGAGAAGAGUUUCCUCUGUGAACCCCAUGAGCCUGCUUCCUCUAUGUUUCCUCCAAAUUGCACUUGAAAACGGAACCCUUCCUUCUCCAGCUCCCCUGUUCUCUCAAGUCACAGAGAUAGCGCUCAGCAGGGCCACCCUGGCCCCCCCCCGGAAGUCUUCUCCGGCAUCAUCGGGCCGACCGGAGCGCCCUCUGUCUCUGGCAUCAUGGGGCCGCGGCGCUGCUGAGCCCUGCCAUCCAGGAGCCCCGCCCAUCUGUCCUUGGAGCCCUGACGUGUCUGCCCACUGCCUGCCCCACUGGCUCCAUAACUGACCACUCCAGACCUGCCAGCUCAGAACAGCAGGGCUGCCGUGCCCUUCGACUUACAGGCUGGGCAAUCUGACGGGGAAGCUCGAUGGAUGCCCUUAAGGCCACCCACAUCUGCUGCCAGCUGGGGCCCCUGGCAGCACUGUGUCUGUGGGCUCCAGCUGGGUCCCCAGAGGCUCCGGAUUUCUCACAGGACUGUCCUGAUGGGAGAGGCUUCUUUGACGCUCACAUGGAGGAAUUCCCACUGACAGAAUGUGUCUGGAUUUCUGCUUCCGAAGCCAGGUGUCAACAGUGAGAGACGAGCUGGCAUUUCAUCUGCCUCCGCAUCCCGUCCGCCACCCUCGUUGCUUAGAGGACAGAGAUCACAUGUUGAAUUUGGAUGAAUUCCUCCCUGAGAUGGAUUGCGUGGCUGCCCUGUCACCUCCCUCCACUUCUUCGAAGCCAUCAGAGGAUUCCUGUUGUCGUUCGGAUGUGAGGGUGGGGCCUGGCCCUGCUCACCCUGGGGCUCCUGGCCGUGCCAGGCUCUCCAGUUUCUGAACUGGUCAAGCUUGUUUCCAACCCAAGGAGUCUGUUCUCGCUCCCCCUGGCCCUGUGUCUGGCUCCCUCCUGCUCUCAGGAAUCUUCCCCGGAUGCCAGUAGAAACCAGACUGGGAGCUCCGUGGGGGCCGAGGUCAAGUCUUUUUGGUUCCUGCUCCCAUCUAGGACCCAGGGCACUUCCUGAAACAUUGUGGGUGUUCAGCUAUAUCCACUCAGUAUGUGAACCAAUGCAGCUGUGCCAGAGAGUCAGCCCGCUGUUAUUCCCCUAAAUCACACCCACACAGACAGCCCCAGUGGGCCAUUCCCACCAGACCUGCCUGCAUCUCCAUCUGCUUCCCUCUCAGGGCUGGGACAGCCCCCUCCACCAGCAUCCUGCCCCCCAGACGCGCUGGGCAGCGGACCAGACCCACCAGCGUCUCGUAGGCGUCCCUCAGCCCACCGUGCGGAUACGGCAAAGUCCCGGGCUUCACCUUCAAAACUGGAACAGACAGGAAGGACCUCCCUGGGGGCUCAGUGGUAAAGAAUCCGCCCGCCAGCGCAGGAGCCUCAGGUUUGUUUCCUAGUCUGGGAAGAUCCCACAAGCCCAGGAGCAACUGUGCGCCACAACUGCUGAGCCUGUGCUCAAGAGCGGGCGGAACCGCUGCUACUGAAGCCUGCAGGCCCAGGGGCUUGUGCCCCACAACACGAGAAGCCUCACCACAGCUAGAGGGCAGCCCUCGUGCACUGCAACCAGAGGACGCUGGCACCCUGCAAUGGAGACCCAGCACAGCCAAAAUACAUUAAAAAAAAAAAAAAAACCAACAAAAAAAAACCACACUAGCAGCAGACAGAAGGACCCAGAGCAUCGGGCGGGCACUGGGUGGCAUGGAUGCUGGAGCCAGCCUGUGGGCCCCGUCUGGCUCAGCCACUUGCCGGGCACAGGGCUAGUUAAUCAUAUGAAGUUGGUGAGACUGCUUCACAUCUCAUUUCCUCUCGCAAAACAGGGCUAAAAGCUACAGCCCCGCAGAAGGGUUCUUGCAAGGGUCACAUAUGUAACACACGCGACAGCAGUGCCUGCAAGAUAGACGACACAGGCGUGAGCUGGGUCAUGAUCACUCCUGCACUGAGGUUGCCUUACAGUCUGGCGAGUCCUAGAAACGUCCUUCGUGAAAAGCAAAUUAAAAAUUACAGUGCUGAAGCCUGGCAGUGUAGACUCAGGUUAACGUCAUCCCAGGAUUCACUGGCUGCUCACUGUCUGAGUGGGGUUACCCUGGUGUGUGAGGGUCAGCGGCGGGCAGGGCUCAGGGAGUGGUCCUGGGACCCUACUGUGACAAGCAGGUGGCUGGACGCUCGGAUCGGACACAUGGUGGGCCUGACUCAGAGGACGCCCAGAAGGAAUUGGCUACAACAGGCGCUGCAGGUGUUUAGAUAAACUUCAUAAGUCUGUUCACUAAUGUUUUUAAAAAAUGGACUUUAUUUGAAAGGGAGAUUCUCUUUAGCAACCUAUAUCAUGAUAAUGAAACAAACUUAAUUUUAAAUGAUCUGAUGUCCACAUUAAGUGCAUAAAUAAUGUCCACAUUUGGAAAUCAUACACAAUCUUUUUUUAAAAAUUCAUAUUGAGAGAAGAAAUUCAUAGGAAGAGACUAAAAACUUCUGCUUGGGUAUUUACACUGUGGAGAAGAGGUGUAUAUCCUUCACAGGGAGUGCUACCUAAGUUAUAUUUAAAGCAGACAUGUUCCUAUUAAAAUAUUUUCUCACCAGUAGUCAGGAAGGAUUCUGUUACUACCGCACACCCGCACCUCUGCUGACACAUCCCUUCCUGUCAGUCACGACGAUAGGUGGAGAGGCAGUUGUUCAUCUAACAGCCCCCAGAAAGGUGCUUGGGGGACAGGCCCUUCCCGUGCCACGGUCAGUGGGGAGUCUGGUGGUUUCCUUGCUGUCAGGGCCGGCACCAGGCUCAGAAUCCUCCCAGAGCCUCCGAGGGGGAACUCUGAUUCCAGAGCCAAGUACAACAUGGGGAAAAGUCCCUUUGGAAAUCCCGGACUUCCAACCAAAGAAACCUGACCUGAGCAUCUUGGCAAACCCGCCAAUGCCUCCGAGGACUGUUACAAAAUGGGCUGAUUCCUUCCCAUCCAUUUAAUGGGUCAUUCUGGGGGAGAAGGUUUUGCUCUGAAAGUUGAGUUUCUUGAACAUCAUUUGGAAAAGGAAGUGGUCCUCUGCUUUCUCCUGGGGAUGCUGACUGUUUGUCCUUCACGGUGUGUGUGUGUGGGGGGGCAGGACCUGUCGACCUGCAGAACCUUCCUUCAGACAGUGGGCUGCACACGGGGAGCUGGCGUGGACGGGCCUGCAGAGGCCGCUGACCGCCUAGAUUGUGUCUAUUUCAUCACGCAGCUCUUGCUUAGUGUGGCUAUGACAAAAUUUCUGCUUUGCCUGAUUCUUUCAGGCUUUAAAUGGACUCUGGAGAGCUUUUAAAAGACGAGAGUGCCGAACUCAGGCUUUUCAAGUGAGUCCCGUGCCCUGCUUUGGCUUUGAGUCUGUGAUGCCUUCCAAGAGGAGAGCCCUCAGGGCUUGGGCCUGUGCACAUUCUGAUGAGAGUCAGGCCAGAGGAGGAACUAGGAAGUUCUGAAACUCUUUUCCUGGCCUAAAACUAGUUAGUUUUCUGAGGUCCAAGAUUGGCCAUACCAUACAAAGAAAGUACGAAAAGAAAGAAGCAAGUCAGAGAGCCAGUUCUCUGGUUCUACUUGAGGCAUGGAGGUGUAUACAUAUAUUUGGGAACACGAAGAGCUGGUGACAUGACAUGGAAACACCUGAUGUUCCGACAAAGGAAGUCGCAGAGGAAGGCCCCCGGUGGAUGAGUGAGGAAAAGGGGUCUAGUGUGUGCACUGACUUGUCUUAACGCCCACCUGGAGAGUGAAUUACGCACCCCCGCCUGCCCCCAGGUGAACACCGCCGAGGCCGAGCCAGGCCCGCACUCAGCCCUAAUGGCGAACGGGGGUCACACACGAGGAGAAAGCUCCCCGGGCGGCUGCCUGUAAAGCAGGACUGAAAGUCAGGGUUGGGAAGCGUGGACCGCAGCCCAGCGCCGAGCGCGGACGCGAUGGGAUGCGGAAGGAUGGACGGUGACUCGGAGAGACAGGGCGGGCCAGGUGCUUAGUACCCGACAGCUCGGUCCGCAGAGCGGGACCCGUGCCCAGAGCGGAGGCAGCGGCUGUCCGACCGUUCCGUCCGCCCGCGCGGAGCCCAGACCACACAGACCCGGGCAGACGGCCGCCCGCCCGCGGGGACCGCGCUGGGGUCACAAGUUCAGCCGGGAGCGGGAGCGCGCUCCCGCAGACACACCCCUUUCUCGGGAGAGCGGGCGGGCGGGUGCGAGCCGAGCGGCGCAAGAGCGAAAGCCGCUGUGGACAGAAGUGAGGUCUGAUCGCGCACCCGGAGCCCGGAGGAGCCAUCGACCUUGGGCAGCCCGAGUCCGGGCGGAGUGAUGCGGGGCUGCUGAGGGGGACAGCUGCCUGAGCGAGCGCGCAUGGAGAGCCCGGUGGUCCCCUGCGUCCUCUACCCGGGCGACGGGGCGUGCGGCCAGGCCGGAGGCCGGGGCGGCGCUCCCGAGGCUCCGGGAGAGGGCAGCCUGCAGCCGCCGGACGCGGCCGAGGGGGAGGGCGCGGCGUCCCCGGCGCAGACACCCUGCAGCCUCAGCGCGUCCCUGUGCUUCAGCUCCGGGGACGACUCCCCGCCGCAGUCUCGCGCCUCCUCCGCUGCGGAGGACGCAGCGGCCUCGCCGCCCUCGUGUUGCAGCGGCCGGCGGGUGGUGGAGAGGCAGUGGGGCGUCGGCAGCUCGGGCGCCGCGUCCCCGGAGGAGCCAGUGUCUCCGGAAGACUCCGCGUCCCCCGAGGAGCCCGCGUUCCCCGGGGAGCGCCAGCCGACCGAGGAACCCGCAUCCCCGGAGGAGCCCGCGGACCCCGCGCCCGUGCCGCCCGGCGUCGGCCCGGAGCACGGAGAGCCCGACCUGCUCAUCGAGGUCUCGGGCCGCCGGCUGCGGGCGCACAAGGCUGUGCUGGCGGCGCGCAGCGACUACUUCCGCGCGCGCGCGUCUCGGGACGUGCUGCGGGUGCAGGGCGUGGGCUGGGCGGCGCUGCGGCUGCUGCUGGCCUACGCGUACAGCGGGCGCAUGGCGGGCGUGCGCCCCGACAACGUGGCCGACGUGGUGGCCGGCGCGCGCCGCCUGCAGCUACCCUGCGCCGCGCAGCGCGCCACCGACGCCGUGGCGCCGCAGCUGAGCCUGGCCAACUGCUUCGAGGUGCUGAGCGCGGCCAAGCGGCAGCGGCUGGCCGAGCUGCGCGAGGCCGCCUACCGCUUCAUGAGCGACCACUACCUGGAGGUGCUGCGCGAGCCCGCAGUCUUCGGGCGCCUGUCGGGAGCCGAGCGCGACCUGCUGCUGCGCCGCCGCCUACGCGCCGGCCGCACCCGCCUGCUGGCUGCUGCUCUCGGGCCGGCCGGGGAGCGCGCGGGCAGCCGGCCACAGAGCCCGUCAGGGGACGCGGAGGGCCGCGGCGAGGCCGCCGUCUACUGUUUCCACGAAGCGGCUGGCGAGUGGCGCGAGCUGACACGGCUGCCGGAGGGCGCGCCGGCGCGGGGCUGCGGCCUCUGCGUGCUCUACAACUACCUCUUCGUGGCCGGAGGCGUGGGGCCCGCGGGCCCUGACGGCCGCGCCAGGCCCUCCGACCGGGUCUUCUGCUACAACCCGGCCACUGAUCGCUGGAGCACUGUGCGGCCGCUGCGCCAGGCACGCUCCCAGCUGCAACUGCUGGCCCUGGACGGCCACCUGUACGCCGUGGGCGGCGAGUGCCUGCUCAGUGUGGAGCGCUACGACCCGCGCGCCGACCGCUGGGCCGCCGUGGCCCCGCUGCCCCGGGGCGCCUUCGCCGUGGCCCACGAGGCCACCACGUGCAACGGCGAGAUCUACGUGUCCGGGGGCUCGCUUUUCUACCGCCUGCUCAAGUACGACCCGCGGCGUGACGAGUGGCAGGAGUGCCCGUGCAGCAGCAGCCGCGAGCGCUCGGCCGACAUGGUGGCCCUGGACGGCUUCAUCUACCGCUUCGACCUGUGUGGGGCCCGCGGCGACGCGCCGGCGGCCGUGCCGGCCGGGGGGGUCAGCGUGCUCCGCUACCACUGCCUGGCCAAGCAGUGGAGCCGCUGCGCCUCGCACCUGCGGCCCCCGGGCGCGCCCUCGGGCCUGCAGCCUUUCCGCUGCGCCGCGCUGGAGGGCACCAUCUACUGCGUGAGCCGCGCGGGCACCUGGCGCUUCGUGCCGCCCGCUGAGGACGAGCCUGGCGCCGGCGACGCGGGCCUCGAAGGCAGCUUUGAGCUCCAGUCUCUCCAAACCCCGGCGGACGCCCGGGGCCUGCUCUUCCCCUUCGUGCUCAACUUGCCGGAGAAGCCGGACCGAGGGGAGGAGGGCGCUGUGUAGGAUGAGCCAGGUGGUCACCUGGCCUGUCCCUCCGCGGCCCGAGACAGGGAAUGCGCCGUGGGCGGAGGUCCCAACUGGGAACCCGGAAGGGCGCAAGGGGAGCGGAGGCCGGGGGAGAGGGUCGGGGGUGGGCGCUGCCCACGGGGGUCACUUAGGAGGUAGUGCUUGUCACUACUGGGCCUGGCAAACCGUGUGCAACGCUGCCUUAAGGCCCCCUUUCUACUCUGCAUUCCUUCUGCUUUGUUUUGCUUUGCUUAAGGGAGGGGGGUCGAUGGCUUAAGAUGCAGGAUAUGAGCAAAUAACUUUGCAAAUAAGAUACAACAUACCUGAGAAAGAAGGAAACAGAAUCAGAAACUGCGCUUCCAGGUGCAGUGGGUGGGCCCUGUGUACCAGGGACGCUGUGGCUCGUCGGGGAGGCAGGCUUGAGUACUGCGGGGUACCAGCCCCCUUGUUACUGUGUGCUGAGAAGGCCCUGGGAAACGCAGGGGGCUCCCAGACUGGAGUCCUAAAUGAGGCCAGUGUGAACCAUAUUCCUGGAAACCCCUGAAAGAAGGUCGUGCUUUUUUUUAGCUUGGAGUUUAAAGUCAUAACUGAUAAAUCAAGCUCUUAAAGCUUUUCUAAUUUAGUUUAAAAGUUCCUGCCCUAUGUGUCAACUCUGAAUGUAAGAAGUAUUAAAGAUGAAAUCUUUGAUUUCCAAUAAGGUCUCCUGUCCAGUGAGCACGGGAGAUAUUUCCUGUCAUCCCAGGGGCCCCGGACAGGGUCAAAGGUCCACACACCUGAGAGCAGGUCCCUCUCAUCACCUAACUGAGGUGGGUUUAAUACUUUCAAUUUCAAGGAUGCUCAUCAUUAUGUUCAAUGUGUAGCAAUGAUUGACUGUUACUCGGGCUUUAGAUCUUUGGUGACUGUUGGCCAAAGAGCGUAUCAUCAGUAGGCGAGGCUGACAGCGGCCCAGUGCUCGCCUGCUUUGAAAGCAGGGCCGGGGUGCCCAGCCGCUGUGAUAUUUUAUAGUGGGCUUGAAGAGAGUAGUAUUCCCCCGGAAAGAGGACUAAAAUCCUUUCUUUUUUUGAGAGUUCUAAAGAAAAACAUACAGGCAUAGUUUGAACCCGCCAAUUGUGAUGUUUUAAAUAUUAAUUCUGUAACUCUGAGGGAAAUUCAUUUUUACAACCAUUAUUCUAAGAAAGUGUGGCAGAGUGACAGUGAGUUUGUAGACACGAGGGGGAGCAUAUGUUUAUAAGGGAGUGUGGGGCUUUCCUGGUGGCUCUGCGGUAAAGAAUCUGCCUGCCAAUGUGGGAGACUCGGGUGAGGAAGAUCCCCUGGAGAAGGAAAUGGCAACCCACUCUAGUAUUCUUGCCUGGGAAAUCCCAUGGACAGAGGAGCCUGAAGUCUAUGGGGUUGCAAAAGAGUGGAACAUGAAUUAGCAAGUAAACAACAAUAACAUAAUGUAGUUUAGCAAAUGAACUACUUUUGUCUAAUUGUGAGCUCCAAAAUACCAUUAAUAAAACUAACAUGAAAUUUCGCUACUGUAAUAGGGCACAAGGAUUAAAAGGCAGGGUUUACUAUUUAUUAAACAUUUAAGGAUAAAAUGUAUGUUCAUAAAGAGAGGCCAACUGACUUGGAUUCUGAAUCCAAUCCACUUUUUUUUAAUGACAGGAAAAGUGCCCAUUGAAGGUUACUGGCACAGAAGUCGAUGAAGUCAUGUGUAGCUUACUGUGAACUCCUCAUGAAUCAGUGAUGGGAGGGAGCCUCCCUGUGCGAUCUGUGGGUGUGCGGGGAAUAGGUUAUGCUUCCUAAAGAGGCAGUGGUCGUUAAAGUGGUCAGUUAAGCAUGCUUAGAAAUUCAACAUGACUCAUGCAUGUCCUGAGGACAGUGCUCUGCCGUCUCAGCUGGUGUGUUCUGGGAACUUGUGUGCCUGCCUGUGACCACUCCUGACACCAUAGGAUGUCUUGGCAACUCGGGUCAGCAUCUUAGGAAAAACCAGGCUCCAGAUUGCCUGACUUUGUAGGAGCAGACUGGAGACAUGGCAGGAGAAGAAGAAGUGAGGUCCAAAAGAAACAAACUGUUCUUGUAAAGACACGAGCGUUUCAUAUGACAUACAUUUUUCUCCAGACUUUCGUUAUUUAUGCUCAAUUUUUAUUUGAAAUGGAACCGAGGUGAUAUUUUCAUUCCUUCAAUAUCAAACUCAUGAGAUAUGAUCACUGUGAUUUUACUUGAGAAAUCAUUCCUAGGAUGCUUACCAUUGAAAAACACAAAUCCUAAAGUGGGCUUCCAAAGUCAACUCUCCCCAUUGGAGAUGGGAGACAUACUAGCUGUCAGACGUGGACAGCCAGACAAUGACACACCCCGCGGGAGUGUUUGGAUAUUAUUUCAUCCUUGAGUUGAAUGAAGGGACGCUUGGCUGAGACACAGCACCGCUUCCUGUGGGAGCUGGCCCUGAGCCCCAGGGAGUUGUCAAGACGAGAUCACGGAGGAUGCCUAAGGAGGGUGGUGAGCUUAGAACCUUGUAGACCACGUUUCUCAAGGCAGCAUCACCUAGAACAGGUGCCAGAGGACCUGUGUGCUUCGAAGACCAGUUUAUUUUGUUUGGGGCCCAGUACCUGGGGUGUGGGGCCAGUCGGGCCGUGCGCCAAGUACACAAAUCGAAAAGCCCCUGGCCCAGGAUCCUUCUGCGCAGGAGGGCUGGGCGAGAGGCAGGCCUCCAGGGCUGACGUUCCAGGGCCUGGGCUUGUCCCAUUGCUGAGCCUGUGUCCAGCUCUCUGUAGAGAACCAGUUGGUGCAAAAGGAUCCCUGCUCUUCUAUCGCUUGAAUCAAAUGAAGGCAGAGCAUUUACAAUAUCUGUAAUUCUCAUGAAAUUAAGAAACCCCCAAA